AUGAAGUUUAUCACGGCAGUGGAGAUGAAAUCUCAGCAAGGAUACAUCCGAUUAGUAGAACGGAGUCUUGAAAAUGUCUCCGCCCAAACCCACAGCCACACUCCUCCGGUUUCAGCAAAGCCUACUUGCAAAUCCAAUGAGCGUACAGCAACAGUCCCGCUUUACUGUUUGCGUCAGGCUGGAGGGUAUGCCGACUCUUCCGAGCACCUUCAAUGUGGACGUCUGACAUGUCAUCUCAACCAAAAUACGACGCUGUACUGCGCCCUGGCCAGCGACCUGGUGCCCGGGGCCUACUACUCGGACUGUGCCUACACUCCGCCCAGCAAGUUGGCCGAAUCGAAAGAGGUCUGCAGCGACGUCUGGAAGGCGACCUCCAGACUCAUCCGCGCCACCCUCUCGGAGUCGCGCGAGCUCGACGGAGACCCGUCGGCCGCCAAGGCAUAG